AUUUAGUAUGCUUCAUCAUUUCUCAAAAUAUAGAUUCACACUUAACAAAGUCGCCAACCUGGAUUCCAUCAAAUUGUUCAUUAAAGAUCUUAAGGAUGUUGCCUCAAUUGUUCCUUCCAAAUUGGACGAAACCGAAGUGUAGCUCUCUCUCUAAAUCCAUGCUCUGGAGAAGAAUUGGAAAAUCGUAUGAAACUAUAAUUAUAGGUUUAGAACUCAAAGUCCUUGGCCAAAGAGUACAAAUUCGAAACAUUCAAAUAAGCAUUCGUGUUCAUGAACACAGUUUCACACUUGGCAGAUCAGAUGAGUCGUAAACUUUGAGUUUUUAAUUAGAUUACCCCAAAUGGAUCAAUGUCUACAAUAAACUAAGCGUAGAAAUAACGACCUAAGAUGUGAGUGGCAUUUCAGUAAAGGAUGUGCUCUUGGCUUAUCUAAUGGAAUCAGCCUACAAAGAUGUUAAGGAAUAGAACACGGAACAAAUUGGUGAGAUUUGCAAGGUGUCAGCUCCACAAUUAUUACAAAAUUGGAAUGCAAAUUACACUUAAUAUUAGGAGAUCUUGAAAAAAAAUGUUCACAAACUCUGAAAUUGAUAAAUGUUAUGACAAUUAAAUAAAAUUUAAUAUAUAUCUGAU